GUCAUAAACACGCACUCUGCCCUCCUCCUUACUUCCCGUCUUAUCCAACACAGCUCGCGCUAUAACGUUACACUAGGGCGACCCAACUGACAGAAGAGACGCGCUCGCGGACAUCUGACCGACCUCUUCUGGCCCCGCUGUGGACCCCGUGUUUUUGUUUAAAUAACCGGUCACUACUCACCGUCAGCACCAGCCCCGCCCAUGCGUUGCGCUCCCUUCCGACCCGCAGCUGAAUGUCCGAACCGGCCCUCCAGAUGAUGAGCGCUCCUGGGGGUAACGGGGCUCAGCGGCAGCAGGUGAACGUUAAACCGCGCCAUGGAGCCACGGUCAGCUUCCACAACAUCCACUACAAGGUGCGUCAGAGCAGCGGCUGCUUCUGGAAGAGGAAGAGUACCCAGAAGGACAUCCUCAUAGACCUCAAUGGGAUCAUGAAGCCAGGCCUCAACGCCAUCCUGGGCGCCACAGGAAGUGGAAAGUCAUCGUUCCUGGACGUGCUGGCAGCGCGUAAGGACCCCUCAGGUCUGUCAGGGGAGGUGCUGAUAGACGGAGCUCCUCAACCACCCAACUUCAAAUGUCUCUCUGGAUACGUUGUGCAGGAUGACGUGGUGAUGGGGACUCUGACGGUGAGGGAGAACUUUGCGUUCUCGGCGGCGCUGCGCCUGCCCUCCUCCGUGUCCCAGCAGGAGAAGCAGGACAAGGUGUCCAGCCUCAUCCUGCAGCUUGGACUCAACAAGGUGGCCGACUCACGGGUGGGGACCCAGCUGAUCAGGGGGAUCUCAGGGGGGGAGAGGAAGAGGACCAACAUCGGUAUGGAGCUGAUCAUGGACCCGUCCGUGCUGUUCCUGGACGAGCCCACCACCGGUCUGGACGCCAGCACCGCCAACUCUGUUCUGCUGCUGCUUAAGAGGAUGGGUAACCACGGCCGAACGAUCAUCCUGUCCAUCCACCAGCCUCGCUACUCCAUCUACCGGCUGUUUGACAGUCUAACUCUGCUGGUCAGCGGCAAGCAGGUGUACCACGGCCCCGCGCAGAGCGCCCUGCCGUACUUCUCUGACAUCGGGUACAUCUGUGAGCCCCACAACAACCCUGCAGACUUCUUCCUGGAUGUGAUCAACGGGGAUUCUACUUCCCUGGCGCUGAACAGCGGCAAGGACGCAGAUGAGGUGGACCCAGAGGAGGUGAUCAUCUCCAGGCAGGGUAUCGAGGACCGCCUGGUGCAGGAGUACCGGAGCUGCCAGUACUACCGGGAGACAAAGGCCCAGCUGGAGAGCAUCGUCCUGGGGAAGCAGGCCUCCACCAAGCCCCCCUCCCGGACCAUCACCUACAACACCUCCUUCCCCACCCAGUUCAAAUGGGUCCUCAAGAGAACCUUCAAGAACCUCAUGCUGAACCCACAGACCUCUUUCGCUCAGAUCGGGGUGACAGUGUUCCUGGCUCUGAUUGUUGGAGCCAUCUUCUUCGGGGUUGCAGAUGACCAGAGUGGCAUACAGAACAGGAUAGGGGCUCUUUUCUUCAUCACCACCAACCAGUGCUUCAGCGCUCUAUCAGCAGCAGAACUGUUCAUCACAGAGAGGAAACUGUUCAUUCAUGAGUACAUCAGUGGAUACUACAGGGUGUCAGUCUACUUCCUGUCUAAGAUCCUGUCUGACAUCAUCACCCUGCGCACCAUCCCUGCCAUAGUCUUCAGCUGUGUGGCCUACUUCAUGAUCGGGUUCAAAGCCACAGUGGAAGCCUUCUUCAUCUUCAUGUUCACGGUUGCCAUGGUAGCAUACACCGCCACCGCCAUGACGAUGGCCAUCUCAGCCGACCAGAGCGUGGUUGCCAUCGCCAACAUCUUCAUGACCAUCUCCUUCGUCUUCAUGAUGAUCUUCUCAGGCCUGUUGGUGAACCUCCCCAGCAUUGCUCAGUGGCUGGCAUGGCUCAAGUACUUCAGCAUCCCUCGAUACGGACUUGCAGGUCUGCAGAUUAAUGAGUUUGUGGGUCUGCAGUUCUGUGGCAACAUCCCUCUGCCCACCGCGUUGCCCGGCAACGGAACCAUUCACCCGCCCCAGCUGAUGUGCACAGGGGAGGACUUCCUGCGUAACCAAGGCAUCGACUACUCCUCCUGGGGCCUGUGGCAGAACCAUGUGGCUCUCCUCUGCAUGACAACCAUCUUCCUCAUCAUCGCCUACCUGAAGCUACGCUUCAUCAAGAAGUUCACCUAGGGGUCAGGCACGCCCCCUCAUCUUCCUCAGGAACACUGUAAUAAUUUUCAUCGCUUCAUCCGAAAGUUCACCUAGGGGUCAGACACCUCUUCAGGUCAAAGGUUGAACUUUGCUAUGAAUGAAAGCCUCAACUAAUCAGAUUCCUGUCUCAUUCCAGAACCCCACUCUAGAACCCCCUUCUAGAACCCUUCUACGUUGCAGUAUUCAAACAUCUCUGUCCUCCUGCUCUCACUGCACCACUCUGAUCCGGCCAUGUGUUCCCACUCUUCACAUUAUAUUUGAAUACUUUUCAUGUCUGUCAGUUUAUAAUCAAUGCUUUUGUAUUAUGUAAUUAUGAUAUCAUACCAUCAUCUGAAUAACAAUGAUUGUGAUG